GAGGCUGCGCGAGCAACAGGAUCUCUGCAGGACACCGGAAAUGUAGUAGAAGAAGAACCUAGCCAAACCCCAGCUAACCUAACCUAGCCUAACUGUCCUGCUUGUUUUGGAAAACAGACUUUUGAGGACAAUAUUAAGAAACAUGCCGGCGGUUUCUAAAGGAGACGGGAUGCGCGGGCUCGCCGUUUUCAUCUCCGACAUCCGGAACUGUAAAAGUAAGGAAGCCGAGAUCAAGAGAAUAAACAAAGAGUUGGCCAACAUCCGCUCCAAAUUUAAAGGAGAUAAAGCUCUGGAUGGUUACAGUAAGAAGAAAUAUGUGUGUAAGCUGCUGUUUAUUUUCCUCUUGGGCCAUGACAUCGACUUCGGCCACAUGGAGGCAGUGAACCUUCUCAGCUCCAACAAAUACACUGAGAAGCAGAUAGGCUACCUGUUUAUCUCAGUGCUGGUGAACAGCAACAGCGAUCUGAUCCGCCUCAUCAACAACGCCAUAAAGAAUGACCUGAGCAGCAGGAACCCCACCUUCAUGAACCUGGCACUGCACUGCAUUGCCAAUGUGGGCAGCCGAGAGAUGGCCGAGGCGUUUGCUUCAGAGGUGCCACGCAUCCUGGUGGCAGGAGACACAAUGGACAGCGUGAAGCAGAGUGCAGCUCUGUGUUUGUUGCGGCUCAACCGGACGUCCCCCGAUCUUGUCCCCAUGGGCGAAUGGACGUCACGUGUUGUGCACCUUCUCAAUGAUCAACACUUGGGAGUGGUGACGGCAGCGACAAGUCUCAUCAUCACUCUGGCUCAGAAGAACCCAGACGACUUUAAGACCGCCGUGUCUCUGGCUGUGGCCAGACUCAGCAGGAUCGUCACGUCAGCAUCCACAGACCUGCAGGACUAUACAUAUUAUUUUGUUGCAGCUCCGUGGCUGUCAGUCAAACUGCUCCGCCUGCUGCAGUGUUAUCCACCACCAGAGGAUGCAGCGAUCCGUGGACGCCUAACCGAGUGCCUGGAGACGAUUCUGAACAAAGCACAAGAGCCUCCUAAAUCCAAGAAGGUGCAGCACUCCAACGCCAAGAAUGCAGUCCUGUUUGAGGCCAUCAGUCUCAUCAUCCACCACGACAGUGAGCCGACCCUGCUGGUGCGAGCUUGUAAUCAGUUGGGUCAGUUUCUUCAGCACAGGGAGACGAACCUGCGCUAUCUGGCCCUGGAGAGCAUGUGCACUUUGGCGAGUUCGGAGUUUUCCCACGAGGCUGUAAAAACCCACAUUGACACUGUGAUUAAUGCACUAAAGACUGAGCGUGAUGUGAGUGUGAGGCAGCGUGCUGUGGACCUUCUCUAUGCCAUGUGCGACCGUAGCAACGCCAAACAGAUUGUCGCCGAGAUGCUGAGCUACCUGGAGACAGCUGAUUACUCAAUCAGAGAAGAGAUCGUUCUGAAAGUGGCAAUCCUGGCAGAAAAGUAUGCAGUGGACUACACAUGGUAUGUAGACACCAUCCUGAACCUCAUCCGCAUCGCUGGGGAUUACGUAAGUGAGGAAGUAUGGUACCGAGUCAUUCAGAUCGUCAUCAACCGAGAUGAUGUGCAGGGAUACGCUGCCAAAACUGUGUUUGAGGCCCUACAGGCUCCAGCCUGCCAUGAAAACCUGGUAAAAGUGGGCGGUUACAUUCUGGGUGAGUUUGGAAAUCUUAUUGCCGGAGACCCGCGCUCAAGUCCACUUAUUCAGUUUAACCUCCUCCACUCCAAGUUCCACUUGUGUUCGGUUCCCACUCGGGCUCUGCUGCUUUCGGCUUACGUCAAAUUCAUCAACCUUUUCCCCGAGGUGAAGGGCACCAUACAGGAGGUGCUUCGUUCAGACAGUCAGCUGCGUAACGCCGAUGUGGAGCUGCAGCAACGUGCCGUCGAAUACCUGCGCCUCAGCUGCAUCGCCAGCACCGAUAUACUGGCCACAGUGUUGGAGGAGAUGCCACCUUUCCCUGAACGAGAAUCCUCUAUCUUGGCUAAGCUGAAGAAGAAGAAGGGAUCUGGAACGGUUCCUGAGGUGGAUGAAAACCGAAAGGAGCGCAACGUUAACGGGAACACCGAUCACACCGCGGCUAGCACGAACGCAAAGGUGAACUCGUCCUCUCCUCCCUCUGACCUCGUGAGUUUGGGAAACAGCACAAGUCUGAACUCUGCCAGUCCUCCAGUGGCGUCCAGCACGGGCAGCUUGCUGGUGGACGUGUUCUCUGAAAACCAGGCAGCCAGUUUCAGUGCCUCCACACCCAUCAUCGAGGAAAACCUGUCAAGGUUUGUCUGUAAGAAUAACGGUGUCCUGUAUGAGAACCAGCUGCUGCAGAUUGGCCUAAAGUCUGAAUUCAGACAGAACUUGGGCCGCAUGUACGUGUUCUACGGAAACAAAACCACAACGCAGUUUGUGAAUUUCUCCACCUCUGUGGUGUGCCACGAUGCCCUGAGUAAUCAGCUGAAUGUUCACACAAAAGCAAUUGAUCCUGUAAUAGACGGAGGAGCUCAGCUUCAGCAGGUUCUCAACAUCGAGUGCUUGUCCGACUUUGUAGAUGCCCCAGUGCUCAGUAUCCAUUUCAGGUAUGGAGGCAGCAUGCAGAACAUCUCUGUGAGACUUCCCAUCACUCUAAACAAGUUCUUCCAGCCCACGGAAAUGACAUCUCAAGAGUUCUUUCAGCGCUGGAAGCAGCUUGGCGCUCCUCAGCAGGAGGUGCAAAAGAUCUUCAAGGCUAAGCAUUCUAUGGAUACAGAGAUCACCAAGGCUAAGAUUAUUGGGUUUGGAACAGCGCUGCUAGAUGGAGUAGACCCGAAUCCUUCUAAUUUUGUUGGUGCUGGUGUUAUACACACAAAGACGAUACAAGUUGGCUGCCUUCUGAGAUUAGAACCUAACACACAAGCACAGAUGUACCGGCUCACCCUGAGGACUAGUCGAGACACCGUGUCUCAGCGGCUGUGUGAGCUGCUCUCAGAACAGUUCUGAUUGCUGCUGUAUCCCAUCAGGCCUUGCUGGCUGAUGAGGACGAUCCCUCAUUUCGUCUCUGUGUGAGCGUAUAAACACUCUGGCGCUUCCCUGACGCUCUGAUGUAGCUCACUUCACAUCUAUCCUUAUAUACUUCGAUAUUAACUCUGUGUACAGUGUAAAUGUCUCAAUGAAACUUUUAUUUUUUACUUCCACAUACAAGUGACCUUUUAUCCCUUUACAUUUAGCUCAACUAAUCCCUGUCUGCUUAAUUAGGCCUUCAGAUAUAUAUACCAGUUUUUUUUUUUGUUUCCUACCAUUUUGUUAGACAACAAAUGCAGACAGAACAAUGUGUAUUAAAGAGGAAGUGAAUAACAGAACUCUGAAUCGAAUCGAGUCGCUGAAACAAGUGCCUUGGACUCGUACAGCCGGAAUUCCGAGUCCUGCGGGAGGUUCUGGAGAGGAAAAGAUUUCAGUAUUUUGUCGAUCUCGCAUAUAUAUAGAAUAAAUCAGUUCUCAGGGGACGACCAUGUAAUUCUUCUGCUUCUGAAGCUUUAUGAUCUGCAAACAGAAAUCAGUAGCCAGUGCUUUAAAAGUGAUGAAUUGGAAAAAGUGCUCUUUUUUUUUUU